GGAGGCCUCCAGAUGUCCUCUGCCCCUUCUGGGAACCUUGGUGUGCCCAGUUGUACUCCAUGUCCACGGUCAUGUGGGAGCCAUGAAAUUGGACAUGGGCCUUUCUUACCUGGAUAGGCUUCCGCGUUCGAAGAAAGGUCAAAAGGCCAAACAGACGCAGGAGCAGUCUAAGCCAUACAGUUUAUUGCACUCUACUUUCUCUACUAGGCUGCUCUCCACGACCACCUGACAAGACAACCUGACUGAUGGCAGCCAAAGUGCUGUUUGAUAAUCUUUGUACGAGUCUCUUACCUAACGAGGUAGAUGAACUUUGUUCAGGAGUCCAGUGGUGGUUGCACCAAAAAUCAAAUUAGCAUUUACUAUUACAGAAUAUCUAAGCUGGUCAUUAUCAAAAUACAUAUCUGACAGAGGUCCGGAUUUAUGUAGUUUUCGUAUUUCUGGCAACACGUCCUUUUGAUCGUGCAGUGUUCACUGUAGAUUUAAAGUGACACAGCUCUUGUUUAAACCAGUUAUAAUACUUUCCCAGAGUGACCAGGGAACACUUUCUGUUAUCAGUCUACUUGAAUGCAAAUUUAUAAAAGCUUCCCAAUGAAGGAGUCACAGCUUUCUUUACAGAGCAUCCCAGAGCAAACCAGAAAGCGAACUGGUUACACUGGUUUAAAAUAAAUCUCAAAAGAAUGCAGAAACCGCAUGCCGGACCAUGUUUACAGUCCUCGAUAAAGAGUGCUGCAAAUGUCGCCUGGACAGUGCAAAAUAGGCAGUGGGGGUGCAAGGGAGUUUCGAGUUAAUGAGCUGUUUCUUUGUUGUUGCUGUUUUUCUUAAGAAGGUGAGACUUUUGACUUUGUCUUCAAAUCAGCGUGUCAGGAUACAGUCCACACAGGAGAGCACCAUACUGAAAGUGGGCUUGACUUUGGGCUACCACAGAUGGUGGGUCAUUUCUGCAGUUGGCCUGGUGGGAGGGAGGAUGACCUACAGAUAGCCAGGUGUCAGACAGUUAUCCGAUGCUCAUUAUAUACAUGUGGGGGUUUAAUAAAGUGAGGUGCGUUAUUCUGAUCCAGAAAAGUGAGAUAAGAAAACUAAUCUUAUGACUCAGACCUUGCUGUAGAACUUACUGUAUGCCCUUUGCCUUCAUUUUCCCUCAAAUUAGUUCUUGAGAGAUGCUUAAGUGUCAUUUCCAAUUUCUUUGAUUUUUAAAUAACCAUGUUGGACCUUGUCAUUUGGAAAUGUGUCUCUUAACAAACAGAACACCACAUUUGUUAUCUCCCUGGGUUUAGAACUAAAGUUCAAGUAAUGACGAGUGGGGAAAUACAUAUUUUCAUUCCUGAUGUCCUAAAAUAAAAGCUUAUUAACACAUGGCAAUUUGAUUGGCAGCUGCCUAAGAGGUGGCAUUUUAAGGUGGGCUACAUGCGUGUGUGGAUUGACUACGUGUUAUAAGUGUUGCGGAAGUCUCUGGUUAGAAGGAAAAGUUUUGCAAAGUGGGUCACACAACUCUUUAGUCAGGAGAGAAGAUCUGAGCAAUGCUCCCCUUUAACGCUUGGUGGUUGGUCACUAAGUGGACAUACUUGUCGAUUUAACCCUGGGCAGGCAACUAGAGUUCUUCGUUUUGUUGAACUGACAAUAGAGGUUAUCUUUUGGAUUUAGGAAGAUAGAUUGAAAAAAAGAAAAGAAAGACAAAACCAUAAAUAUAUUCUUUUUUUUUUUUUUGCAUGACACUAGUGGGCAUAAUAAUCAUGAAGUUUUGAGCCAAGUCUUAGAAACUGUGUUUUCAGAUAAGACACUGAUGCAGUAUGAAAACCCUUUUGGUAUCUUCCCUGUACAUCCAGUCACCUGUCCCCUCUGCCACUUGCCUUCACAUCAUCCCCUCUUAACAUCUGGUGACUCGUUACAAGAGUCACAGCCCAGUACUUUUCUGUUUUCUCUUUUUCAAGAUUUGUAUCUUUUUUAUAUAUGAACUGUGAGUUGACUGUCCUUUUGCACCAUAGCUGAUCAGAGAAAGAAGGCUCUCAAAGAUAAGUCUGCAAACACCCCGGGGCCUCACCUCACGCCGUAACUUUUCAUUUCUCCUCUAAGUACAUGAAAUCAUAUGUACUGUACUUUAGAAAUUAGAUAAAGAAGAGAGGAAAACAUGAAGGAAGAAUUAACACGGGAAAAAAAAUACUUAUAACAGAAUGAGCAACAAAAUGACUUCCCCCUAUCUUCCUCUCCCCUUCUAAGGGACUGGGAGAGAAAACAGGAGGAAGAGCAGAGAGAAUGCCAAUACUGGUUGCCACUGGCACCGGGAUUGGCAUCAGACCCUCUUUGUUUAGCUCAGGAUGCCUGUGAUUUGUUAGUUGGCAUCCGCAUUGCAGUGUGGAGUGAUGUUACAAUAUAUUGACAAUUUCCAGAUCUAGAAAUGUCAAUAGUCCUCUUGGCUAUUUGCAGAUCACAUGCUUCAUCUCUAAUAGAAGACGAGGUAGAGACGGGCGGAUAAUAAACUUCCAUUGUUGACCAACUUCCCGUUGCUUUUCUGUCUCCCUCCUUCCCUCUUGGUUCAACCCACACUCACCCUUUCUCCUUCCCCAGCAACCUCAUCUUUUCUGAAAUGCGGAAAGUUACUGAAGCUUGGGCACAAACUGGAAGGCUACCUUUGUGUCUGAUACAGUUUUGGGGGAGAAAUUUAUAUAUUUUGAAAUCAUUUUUGAUACGUAGUUUAAUUAGGCUUUUGCAUCACAGGGCAAUACUUUGUUCACAGCUCAAUGUCUUUGUUACUUAGCUUCUUCCCCUCGUGCAGCUCGCUUGACCGCAAUUCGGUCCAUUUUAUUUAUUUAUUUUUGACGUCAGUGGAGUCGGGUCGCACGAGGUAUAGUAAUGUAUGAAAUUAUGUGCCUUCGUUUUACCUAAGAUUUUGUAACUGGCUUGGGAGUAGCUGUAUGUAAGUCCAUAAAAAUCUUUGAUGCUAUUGAUUCAGAGGGCUGCGCUUCGGCUGUUCCGUUGCUACAAGAACCGCCAUUUUGUUUGUGAAGUGCCAGGCGAGGGGGGAGAAAAAAAAAGGCAGACACUGUGUUUGGUGCCAAUAAUGGUUGCCAGUGGCACCGAGGUUGGCAUCAGACCCUCUUUGUCUCGCUGCUGAAUGCCUGUGAUUCGUUGGUUGGCAUCCGCAUUGCAGUGGGCACACUGGAAAGUUUUUGACAAUCUCUGAAUGAAAGCUGUGUGCUCGUCUGCUGCAGCAAAGCUUGGCUAAUAGAAAAACCUUCCCUUUCCUCCCCCCCACCCCGCCCCCCAAAGGCUUAAAAAAAGAUUGGGACAGAUUAAGGAAAAAUCGUUCAAAAAUGGGCUCCAUGUUCCCAAAGAUAUUAAAGAUGCCCAAUGAUUCUUGGGCAGGUGGCACCUAUUCCCCAUAUUGUCUUUGUUAUUGCGUUCAUCCAAACAAAGCAAGAAAACAGAAGGAGAAGCAAGCAAGCCUUGUGCAGUACACCUACCCGGGACAUACCGCCCCAUACACUACAGGGGAUGCUAUGACAAGUGUGUGGGGGACAGGCUCAGUGUGGUGAUGUGUGAGCGCACCCAUUACAACUGUCUGUUGCUUUCAUUUAGCUCCCCACUGGUUUCUGAUUCAAUUUCUAGUUCUCUCAGUCUCUAAACCUCCUCAUUUUUUAGUAGUUUGUUGAGAGGCCCUCACUUCCCUCUCUAGUUAGCAGUGUGUACAGUGAACACGUGAAAAACAGAAAACCCAAGUGAGGGGAGUACAUGCUAAAAUCUGAUAUAAAUCAGUCACUCCUAACCUCCUCAGUUCUGCAAUGAGAUGUUGGAAAAAUUCUUAGUCCACGAUUCCACAUACUGGGGGAGGGGGAGGUUGGAGGGGGGACAGACAACAACCAAAAGGCUAAAAUAAUUUUUGUUCAAGUUUACUAGAUAGUUAACAUUACUAUUGCUUCCUGGUUAACCACCGUUAUCUCAUUAAUUAAUAAGAGGGAUUAGCAGUUCUACCCAAAGGGCUACACAGAAGGAAGUGUAGCCUAUGGGAGGCCUUGAGUCGCCAGACUGUGUCCUGUCUGGAGCCAGCAGAAGCAGGGACGCUGGUGGGGGGGCUUGUAAAGGGCUGUGGGGAGGAAACAAGGGCUGGGCUUUUUCUGAGCCAGGGAGGGUUUUUAAAGAAAGGAGAGGCCACAACACGAAGCUUAAAGACCUCUAGAGAUAGUAUCUGCUGUUAUGAAUUUAACAGAUGGGAGUUUAAAGCAAGUCAGCCUAAGUGAUGUUUGGAUCCCACUUUCCACUCCUAUUAGAUGUGUUUUUGGCGCAUGGCAGAGUUCUGCAGUCCUGCUUGCUUCUAUCCUGAGCAAGGCGCUUCCUCUAGCCUUCUUGAACCCUUAGCGCUAACUGUGAUCCAUUGUCACAGGACAGCUUCUUUUUUCUUUUCUUUUUUUCUUCUUUUGCUUGAUUGCUAAACGAUAUCAUAAUUGAGGCGUAUUUUGAAGUUGUGAAACAUGUGACUUGUUCAGAAGGGAAGUUGUAAUCGUUAUUGUCUUUGAAACAGAACCCUUCCUGCUUGUCACGUGGCAUUAGUGAGGACGCACAUGCAGAGAGCGAUUUUCCUCCUUCAGCUACUGCAGCUUAGAAUCCUUCUGGAUUCUGGGCAAUCAGGAAGUCCAAGCCACAAUGAUCCUGCCAAGAAUCCUCCAGGGUACCUAGAGGACAGUUUUGUAAAAUCCGGAGUCUUCAACGUAUCAGAGCUUGUGAGAGUAUCCAGAACACCCAUAACCCAGGGGACUGGAGUCAACUUCCCAAUCGGAGAAAUCCCCAGCCAACCAUACUAUCAUGACAUGAACUCUGGCGUGAACCUGCAGAGGUCGCUGUCUUCUCCACCGAGCAGCAAAAGACCCAAAACUAUAUCCAUAGAUGAAAAUAUGGAGCCAAGUCCUACAGGAGACUUUUACCCCUCUCCAAAUUCACCAGCUGCUGGAAGUCGAACAUGGCAUGAGCGAGAUCAAGAUAUGUCUUCUCCAACUACAAUGAAGAAGCCUGAGAAGCCACUGUUUAGCUCUACAUCUCCACAGGAUUCUUCCCCAAGAUUGAGCACUUUUCCCCAGCACCACCAUCCCGGAAUACCUGGAGUCGCGCACAGUGUCAUCUCAACUCGAACUCCACCUCCACCCUCACCGUUGCCAUUUCCAACGCAAGCUAUCCUUCCUCCAGCACCAUCAAGUUACUUUUCUCAUCCAACAAUCAGAUAUCCUCCUCACCUGAAUCCUCAGGAUACUCUGAAGAACUAUGUACCUUCUUAUGACCCGUCCAGUCCUCAAACGAGCCAGCCUAACAGCAGUGGUCAAGUAGUAGGGAAAGUGCCUGGCCAUUUCACGCCUGUCUUGGCACCCUCUCCCCAUCCCAGUGCAGUGCGACCUGUGACCCUGACCAUGACAGAUACUAAACCCAUCACUACAUCCACUGAAGGUGAGGCAGCUUCACCUACAGCAACCACCUACACAGCCUCAGGCACAUCUCAAGCCAAUCGAUAUGUGGGACUAAGCCCAAGAGACCCAUCCUUCCUGCAUCAGCAACAGCUGAGGAUUUGUGACUGGACCAUGAAUCAAAACGGCAGGCAUUUAUACCCCAGUACCAGUGAGGAUACAUUGGGAAUUACUUGGCAAAGUCCUGGUACCUGGGCUAGCUUGGUUCCUUUUCAAGUGUCAAAUAGGACACCCAUCUUACCGGCAAAUGUCCAAAAUUAUGGUUUGAACAUAAUUGGAGAACCUUUCCUUCAAGCGGAGACAAGCAACUGAGGGGAAAGAAACACAACCAUAGUGUAAGAAAAUUAGGGGAAAAACACCCAACAAAAGAAAAGAGGAAGACUGGACAACAGGGAGAAAGGAGAGAAACUGAAGAAAGAAGACGCUAGACCAGCAUUGCAGCACUUCCGGUCACUAAUUCCCUUAAGGUUGAGACUGUAGUGACAGGAAAGGGUCAAUGACAUCUCACCGAUGCUAGACUGCAGCCCCUGCACCGUAGCCUUUGUUCCAUGAAGUCCGCUGGGAAAUAGAUGUUCUGUCUCUAUGACAAUAUAUUUUAACUGACUUUCUAGAUGCCUUAAUAUUUGCAUGAUAAGCUAGUUUUCUUGGUUAGUAUUCUUGUUGUUUACGCAUGGAGUCACUAUUCCUGGUUAUCUCAACAACGAAGGCUAGGAGGCGGCGUCAGAGGGGCUGGGGACAGAGCCAUGAGCCAGCCAUUUUAUAAGCACUCUGAUUUCUAAAAGUUAAAAAAAAUUAUAUAUAUAUAUAUAUAAAAAUCUCUGUAGCCUUUAGUUAUCCGUACAGAUUUAUUAAAUUUUGGCCCUUAACCCAGCCUUUUCCAGUGUGUAACCCAGUUUGAAAAUCUUAAAAAGGAAAAAAAAAGAAAACUAGGGAAAAAAUGGUUUGAACUCAAAGGCUCUAUGGAAGAAAUGCCUCUAGGUGGGUAAAGGGUUACCUCUGCAUGCAACAGUAAAAAUUAAUAUAAUAUUUUCCCCACAAAAGAAACACUUAACAGAGGCAAGUGCAAUUUAUAAAUUUAUAUCUAAAGGGGAAUCAUGAUUAUAAGUCCUUCAGCCCUUGGACUCUAAAUUGAGGGGAUUAAAAAGAAUUUAAAAUAAUUUUGAGUGAAUUUAUUUUCCCCUCAGUUUUUGAGGGCACUUAAAAAGGCAUUAAAUCAAGACAAAUCAUGUGCUUGAACAGAAAAAAAUAAAAAAUAAAAAAAAAUAUUGAAAACACAGCACUUAGGUUGGCUUAGCUGCAGCCUCCUCAGAGGUCGAAUUAUUUAUUUAAAAUUACUGGUUGCAUCAAGAACCCAUAGGGUGUACAAAUGGUUCUAUACAAUCUGCAUAGUAGAGACAAAGAGGCAGGUUAAUCCAUGUCACAAGGGUAAAGCUUCCAGUGUACAGGCUGGGAACGCCAGGGCAUAGAAUAGGAAAACACGCUCUUCAGAGAAGUGCCAUCAGGGUGCUGGGAACAUGCAUGGUGCUUUCGGACAUUAGCCUUGUUCAACACAUUUCUCGUAAUGACAGAUCUAUAGUGUGCAUGGGCAGACACAUGUUGCCUCUAUGUCUCUUAAAAUUUUAAUUAAAAAGUACUCUUUCCAGUAAUCCUAAUUUGCACGAAGAUAUAAUGUCCACAUUACGUGCCUUGCCUUGAAAUCUAAAAAACAAAAGACAAAAAAAAAAAAUCCACAAAAGUGACAUCACUACACUUGUUUUGCUGCAUUUAUUAUCGUUUUAAAUCUUUACCAUUUUUAUGACAAAAUAUUUUGUACUCCAGACGAAGAAAAAUGUGUGACAUCAUGGAUUUUUUAGACAGUUACACCUUUAUCUCACAUUUAUAAAGCAUAUCAUGGCUGUGUAUAGUUGCCGCUUAAAAAUUGUAAUCGACCAGCAAUAUUUUCAGUAUUUUGGUGUUUUUUCUAUUAACCUUUCAUGUUUUUCAUCUUCCAAUUAAUAUUUGGGGGGAGGGGUUUCAAAUUUAUACGAAUUAUGCAAUACCAAGUUUUGCCUAUGUAGGUAGUGCUUUUAGCUGUAUUGGUUAUUAUAGGUAAGUACACAGAUUUAAAAAGAAAUAAUGUAUGCUUUUUUUGUUUGUUUGUUUAUUUGUUUGUUUGUUUUAAUUGACCAAAGUGGGUACUGCUAUUUUUGCAGUGUGAUGAGGUCCUUUUGUGUACUGAGAGAUGGACAGGGGAUUUUUUUUAAUAUACAUAUAUAAAUAUAUAUAUAUUCCGGGGUGGGUGGGAGGAUUUUUAACCCUUUACAGUGUAGCUGUGAAGCACUGUACCCUGAGAUAGGUCUGGGCUGCAAAGCGACUGUUCUGCCUACUGUGACAAACUUCAACUUAGACAGGUUCCCCUCCCCCUGCCCCCACUUUCCCCCCUGGGGUGCAAGCUGAACUCAUUUCUGGUUUUCAAUCUAAGAAACCAGGAAGAAAAAGCAAGCACAGCACAGCGAAGCCUCCUAGAGGCAGACUUAGAAGAACUGCCCUGUCUUAUUUUAGUUGUUGUCGAUAGUUUUUCCUGAAAGUUCCGAAACCACAGUGGAAAGUGAGCCUGUCUCAUCUUUGGCAAAGACAUUUCUUGAAGUGCCCACAUAGCAGAUGUUGGCUGUUUCACACUUUUGAGUUUAACACAGGAAUACGCUUCCUUCUACCAAACGCAUUCGCCCAUCUGGAGGGAGAGCACCCCUGCCCCUUCCUAGCGCUCCUCCAUUUUGUUAAUGACAGAUAUGUUGUUCCUGUGACUUACUACUUCAAAUGGAUGGCAUUGCACUUAGGAUUUUGUUUUUUGGCAUCCAGAAGGUUGACCAGACAGAAGGUUGCUCUUCUUGAAUGUAUUUGGACCGAUAGAUUAAAAUCAAAGUUCAGUUUUUAAGGAACAAAAAUAAGCCAGUCCUUUUAUUCUACCUGCCCUUGUAAACUGAGAAGUAGAGCAGAGGGAAAUGUAGAGUUUUAAGCAACUGAUUUUCCUGUGGAUGAAUUUAAGCGUGUUUGAUAAUGAUGGGAGGAACUUCUUGUGAAGGGGUGGUACUUCAAGUAUAUAUUUGAAUUAGUUUCCCCUGAGGACUAGAGGUGAAUGGAAACCAGUUUUAUUUUGUCUUCCCCUCACUUUCACCUGGUCCUGUUGAGUGUAUCCAUUACUCCAAGGAGAUCUUUCAGAAUUAGUGACAUACACAGUCAGCUGCCAAGAAGCCUUCUUGACCCCCACCCCAGGCCAUGCCCUAGUAAAUGAACUGUCAAGUGUAUGCAUAGCAGAUCGUUUAAUCGUGAGUACUUUAGACCAGUGCUCAGAGGCCUGAGAAUUGUACCUGACCAGUCCAUUCAGUUUCAUGUCCACGUGCUGGAUAGCACAGUCGGAUGCUAGGAUGCAGGUUCCAAGAAAGUCUAGCCAUGUCUGCGAUAUCAGCUGUGCAGAUAACAGAUCCUCUCAGCCAAGCUCUUGGUGUAUUUCUGACCUAUUUGCUGAAGAGUGUGACCCUACAUGACACAGCAUUCUUUCCAGGCAGUCCCCUCUCCUUGUCACCAGUGAAUGAACAAUUCAUGGCACACUGUGGGCAACCCUGCCUUCCUCUUGGGUACAGAGGCCUAGGGCAAGUGUUCCUUUUUUUUUUUUUUUUAAACCUAGAUCAAUUUUUCUUUUCUUUGAGAUAAACUUAUUAAAAAAGCACUACUAUAGAAAAUCUCAAAUCCACUUUUAGCCUUCUAUUUUUUUUUUAAACCAGGAAGUAUAUUCUGACGAAGGGCCCCACUUUUGCAGGUCUUGCACGCCCCUUCCUUACCCAGACUGCAGAGCUUCAGGAUGGUGAAGAUCACCCAAGGGCAUCUGUAGGGGGUGGUGUCUCCAGCCACCAGCUCAAGGCACUGUCCAGCCUGUGUUGUAUUUGCUUUGCAGCCCACCACUCCCAGUGCCUCUGAAGUGUGUUUUCCCCAGAGUGACGUGAGCAGUCGAGACUUGCCUAAGGGGGAACAGAAACCUGAGAGGCAGUGAAGGAGACUGUACAUAAAGACGUGGCAAACCUUAAGUAUAGCAAUAUAGUUACCGGGUGAUGUUCGGGUGGGCAGCUCCAUUAUAAAGAGUGUGAAUGAGUCUGUGAAGCUGCAAUUAGCAAGAAGAACGUGGUCUUCUUAAUGAACCGCCUACCUUGUAGACAGUAAUUUGUACACUGUAUAGUUUUGUUAAGAAUUUUUUUUUAAAUUAAAGUUCCCAUGUUUGUAAAGCUAACUUUUUAACAAUUAUAAUGGAACUGUAUGUUGUUUCCAUUUUUAAAGUAAACAAGAAUAUUCCUUGUUUAGAGACUGGACUCGAGUUAAAACUCUCCAGGCUCUUAAGUUAUGUAUUAAAAAAAAAAUCUGUCCAUGUUAGGAGAUAUUUCACAGAUUCCCAUGCUUGAAAAGCAUAGGACACUAAUCCUUUAAAAAAAGUGUAAAUGGAGAAAAGUUAUAUUUUAUGAAGGUUAUUUUGUUGUAUUUAGUAUUGGAAAAGUUGGUUUUCAGAGCAUUUCAGAAUGUCGGAAGCA